AGGGAACGAAGGUGAACCUAGAUGUUGGCACGAUGACACGACCAUGGCAAGAGUUUAGACACGUCAGUUGAAGUGUCCAUUACAUUUGUGUUGAUAUACUGAAGAUUGUCCACAUAUCAUUUGAACUCUGUACAUGAUGUAAUUUAUUUACAACUCAAGCUGGACAUUAUUAUCGAGGUAUUGAGUUUUUAAGUUUCUUUAUGAUGUGAUACAAGCUCAGUCGGGCUCUUUGAGGACAUUUCAACAUUAACAAAUUUAACAAUUGCUCCACGCCGAAGAAACUCCCAGCCUUCAACAAUGAUGGCGCCGCCAAGAGCCAGGUCUCAGAAGAACGGUAUCCCUGAAGCCUUUGUUUACCGCGGGGAAGAGGAAAUGAAAACUGGCAACGUAAAAGAACAAUUUAAGAAGUUCUUUCAGGAAACCAGUUUCACUGCUCUGGUUCGAAUCUACAACGCUACAUCCCUGGUAAAGCGCCUUGCGUGGUUGGUGGUGUUUCUGGGGAUGCUGGCGUGGCUGUCAGUUCAGUGUUACUGGCUCCUGGAGCGGUACUUCAACUACCCCAUGGAAGUUAAGAUGGACUUGGUGGCGGCACAGGAAAUAGAAUUCCCCAGUGUUACCGUAUGUAAUUUGAACCCGCUCAAGCAAUCAAAGCUAAUGGAGAGGCCCUAUGCCGAUCUCGGAUCCUUUAUGCAGCUUGAGUCGCAAGAUAUGCUAUACACCGCAUUCAAGGAUAACUACUAUGACGAUUGGCAAGCCAAGCAACAACCACAAGAUCCCAUAGAGAUGGGGCCACGUAUGGGAAUGUCCCCUGAUCCAAUAACAACUUGGACGCCGAACCAAAACACAUUCUCGGGAUCAAAUAUAAACACAGCGAUUGGUUCGUCUCCUGGCGUGGCAACAAAUCCUCCGUCUGAUGCAUCGACAACUACAUCAUCGGUGUCUUCUUCGUCAACAAAUGCCAACGUUCCCUCUGGCCUAGCCACAAGCUCUGCGUCUGUCACGACAGGCGGAGGUCUUGAUACAACUACAAAAAGCGGAGAUCCUGCUCCAUUUGGGUCUGCCCAAACGGCAUCUUCAUCCUCAUCCUUAACAACACAUGGUGGCGAUUUCUCUGACCCUACAUUAGGCAUGACGGGCGGAGAUCCACUCGAAACGACCCCAGUCAGUGGCGGAGAAGGACCUCCGCCGAAAAUAAGAAAAAGGAGACAAGCAACAGAUCUCACCGAUUUCUUGAAGGAAAAUACCUUCAAUAAAUGGGAUAUGCUGGAACGAAGUAACGUGGCUACUCAGUUUUAUGAAGAUAAGGACAGAGAGUAUAUAGCCUCAAUGGCCUAUGCUACCUUCUCCAAGACACAUAAUGAGUCCAUCGUGAUUAAUGGAGGCCAUCCAGCUAAUAACUUCUUUAUUGACUGCAAAAUGGCAGGUUUCGCUUGUUCGCCUCGGAACUUUACUACCUUUGUUAGUCACAAAUAUGGCAACUGUUACACGUUCAACGCCGAGGGAAACGGAAAGAAGGUCGUGACAAAGUUUACUGGUCCCGGUUAUGGUCUGUCCCUGGAGCUGUAUCUGGACCAGGAAGAGUACAUCCCCGCCCUGUCCCCAUCAGCUGGAGCCAGGGUGCUCAUCCACCCCCGCAACUCGAUGCCGUUCCCCGAGGACGAGGGGAUCUCUAUAGCUCCGGGCGUAUCUACCUCUGUCGGGUUGCGCAAGGUUGACAUCACCCGCCUGCCACCCCCGCAUGGAGUUUGUGCUGAGAAAGGCCUGAUUGAGGAUAUCUACAGCACGAACCUGCACACGAACUACUCCAAGUUAUCCUGUCUGAAGUCCUGCUUCCAAAACCUUGUCAUCAAGUACUGUCACUGUGCCAUGCCCCAUUUGUUCGUUCCAGCCAACACCACUGUCUGUGACAUGACAAAUACCACUGUAGAAACCUGCAGCAAGGGCCUACCGGACAAUCAGCCAACAGAGUUCAAGCAGUGUGACACGAGCUGCCCUCAACCAUGCAGGGAGAUUCGUUUUGAGAAGACGCUGUCUGUUGCUCAAUGGCCUUCAAAGCGAUAUAAGGAUCAUCUUCAGAGUAAGGUCCAGCAGAGUAACUACAGAUUCUACGGAGCGAAAGUCGAGGAGGAGGACUUCGCAAGGGUAGAAGUCUAUUUUGAGGACCUUUUGUUUCAAGAAAUUGAGCAACAGAAAGCAUACGAGUCCCAGAACUUGAUCAGUGAUAUCGGCGGCCAAUUGGGCCUGUGGCUUGGCCUCUCCGCCAUCACCCUGGGAGAGUUGUGCAGUUUCCUCUUUUCCAUCGGCCAGGCCAUGACCCGAAGGGUCGUCAAAAACAACAAGAAGGGCUACCAAACCCCCAUUGAACCGGUCAGUUACAUGUAGCGACGGUAAACACCGGAACAGACCGACCAGUUCCGAUGUAGAACGAAAGCAACCGAAGUCAUCUCCAAAAGCCCUUUGAACAUUUAUUUGAACUUACCCAUUUAGUACUCUUUGUAAAUCAUUUCAUUGGUGAACGUUGUUGUAAAAAAAAAAGGUGAUAAGUACUGAUGUACGUAUAGAUAUGUGGGUAGUUAUGAAGGCGUGUGUUUUAAUCUCUAGCUGUUACCUACUAAGGAACAGAUUGAUUGUGAGAUAAAAGCUCUCACUCGUCACCGCGAACACCGGCAGUAAUGAUGUAUCCAUUCUUUAGUGUUCUUGAUGAGUGAUCAUUUUUUUAAUUUUAAUUAGAAGAUUUAGGUCAGGUGUUUUCAGAUUUGCGGGUGUUAAGGAGUAUUUGAAACGUACUUAAACUGCUGAGAAAGAUGACGCCAUGAUGAAUGGAUGACGGCAUAAGAUUCCUGACAAUUGAACCGUCAAGGUUAGAAGAAUGCAACGAAAAAUAAACUAAAUCGAAGAUUUUCUGGGAAAAUUGGAUCAAGUGCAAUAUGUCCGACAUGAUCCGAUAUUCAUGUCAACCAAGCUGAACACCAUGUUAAAACAAUUGGGACAUUAAACUCCUGAAGGACAGUGUUCCUACCUUUUGAUACAUUCAGGAUUUGCAUCCCAUUUAACAAGUUCGAGGGCGGUGGGGGUAGCCUGGUGAUCAAAGCGUUUGCGAAGACCGCCGUGAUGUUGCUAAAGCGGCCUAAUGGGUACAAUGUGUGAAGCCCAUUGCUGCUGUCCCCCCGCCAUGAUGUUGCUAAAGCGGCCUUAUGGGUACAAUGUGUGAAGCCC